AUGCUAAAGCGAUUUGGAGCAUUCACCAGUCUUGCAAGAAGGUACAAAUCGACUGGUCCAGUUUCAUUUUCCAGUAUAACAGAUGGAAAAGAGAUAUCAAAUGUGGUAAGUCCCAACAGAAAUGAAUCCUCCACUACUCGAAGCUUCAAACGUGAUUUAAGACCUGUGAAAUACGUUUUGAACUGUCUGUUUGCCAAAAAUAAUACUCAUUUCACCUACUCUGCAAUUGUGGAAGAUGUACACUACAUGAAGAACAACCCCGAUGUUUCCUAUAACAAUGCAUUUUUAUACUAUUUGAAACUACCUCAGAAAGUGAAAUUUGCAAUUUCAACAGGUUGUUUAGGAUUUCGUAAAGCUGCUCGUGGUGAAUAUGAAGCUGCAUUUCAAACAUCUGCCAAAGUAUUUCAAAUGAUUCAAGAGAAGAAAUUGCUUGAUAAGGAUAUAGAAAUUGUACUCAAGGAUUUCGGUAAGGGAAGAGCUGCAUUUGUGGCAGCAUUAAAUGGUAAAGAAGGGACUGCCAUCCGAAAGAAUGUUACUAGAAUAAGUGACAGGACUCCAUUGAAAUUCGGUGGUGUAAGAGCUCCAAGACUUCGUAGACUAUAG